CUAGAUCAUCAACGAGAGAAAACGUGGUCGAGAAAACGCUGCAUCGAUUACUACGGGCGUAACGUGUGACAACAUCAGCAGCCAUCUAUGUGCGAUCUCGCCGCAUGUUGCUCGUCGUCGAAUCUAUAUCUUUUGUGCGAUAUAUCACGGACAUAAUUUCUACAGAGAUUUGGAUUUAGCAAAAAAAGUCAUUGAGUCAACAUUACUUCUUAUCGCUCGUGUUCAUCGAACAUAGAAAUAUUAUUUAUCGCUUACAUUCAUUUUGCAAAACCAAAGAUGACUGUCGGUCUGAAGGCAAUAAGUUUGAUUAGGUCGAGUCGUCGAGUUCGGCGGAAUUUAAAUGUACGCAAUGUGAGUGAUCAACUUCUUGCGGACGGCGAGGUGAGAAAGACAAGGACAUCGCAGAACAUCGAUACAAACAUGUUGAAAAUCGGUUUUCUCGGCGGAGGAAAGAUGGCCCAAGCACUCGCGAAGGGCUUCAUACGAGCAGGUUUAAGCAAAGGCGAUAUGAUGUUGGCAAGUUGUCUCCCCAACGAUACGGGAAGCAUAGAGACAUUUAAGGAAAUAGGAUCAAAUACCGUGUUCACUAAUGGUCCCAUCAUCAAUCAUGGGGAUAUCCUGAUCCUCUCGGUAAAGCCGCAAGUUGUGCCGAAGGUCCUCCCAGAGUUGAAGAAUAGUAAGAAGUUACUCAUCUCCAUCGCCAUGGGUAUCCCUUUAGAGUUGUUAGAAGAGGCACUUCCAGAAGGAACACCCGUGAUAAGGGUAAUGCCGAAUACUCCGGCCUUGGUGGGUUGCGGCGCUACAGUAUAUGCUCGCGGAAAACAUGCCGGUGAUAAGGAGGCCGAGAUCACGGAGAAGCUAUUUUCCGCCGUAGGCUUCUGCGAAGAAAUCCAGGAAAACCUCAUCGAUCCAGUUACCGCCUUGGCUGGUUCUGGUCCUGCUUAUGUGUAUAUGAUGAUUGAAGCAUUGGCCGAUGGUGGUGUAAAAAUGGGUCUUACUAGACCUAUCGCAUAUAAACUUGCUGCACAAACCGUUCUAGGUGCCGGCACUAUGAUUCAUAAGACGAACCUUCAUCCAGGUCAACUUAAAGAUGAUGUAACUUCGCCGGCAGGGAGCACUAUAACUGGCAUUCAUUACUUAGAACAGCACGGUUUGAGAUCAGCAAUAAUCGGUGCUGUGGAAGCCGCAACACUUCGGUGUAGAGAAGUCAGUUCACAGAACGGAAAGAAAUAAAAAUAAUAAUGAUCAUAAAGAUAAUCUUAUUAUAUAAUAACAAUCUUAUCACUAACAAAGAAUGAUAUGCGAAUGUAGAUAAUUGUAGAUAUCUAUUAAAUAUCUAUUGAAAGAUUGAAAUAAUAAAUUACCAUAUU